CGGCUGUGACACUGCUCAAACUGGACGGAGAGAGAUAAGGUCACAGCAGCCAAGAGGGUGACAAUAAUCAUCACAAUCGUCGAAUAUCAGGUCAAAGGUCAUAGUUAGUCUGGAUCAGGACGUGUAUAAGACAGGCACGAGAAGGAUCCCAUCAUCAGUCGGCUGAAGGCUUCAGCCAGUCGACGACCAACGACAACACGAUACGACGGGCUUCCACACUUUUUGUGACAUUUCUCAUCCGUCCAACGUUACCAGUUGGUUCUCCAAAUUUCCAGUGAAUAUAAACAAAGAAGGUUUUCAAAAUUAACAUACUAAAUUCUUGUGGUAAUCAACAUGGAGUUAUCUCAGGAAGAUAUCCAGUCCUCUGUUAAAGACUUUGAGGAUCUCACAGAGGAAUUCAAAACUUUUUCGGCCUCCCAUAAAGAAUAUAUGCAAAAAUUGGAUGAACUCAACGCAAUCCAAUCAAAAUGUUUGAAAGAAUUGACCCAUCAACGUUAUCGACUUGGCAUCAUCAAAUCUUCCCUGAAAAAAUUUUCAAAAAAACCAGAAUCUAAAGAAAUAUCAGAAGAAAUAGAAAAAGGGAUAAGUCGUCGUAAGAUUCAGUUGUACGAGAUGGAAGAAGCACUUCCAAAGAAGAAUGGGUUAUACCUUCGCAUAAUACUGGGAAACGUCAAUGUAUCAAUUUUGAAUAAGGAAGACAAAUUCAAGUACAAGGACGAGUAUGAAAAGUUCAAAUUUAUUGUGAAUGGAAUCGGCCUACUAAUGUCACUGAGUAAUAUUUUCAUCAAUUCUCGGGUGUUGGAUUUAAUUUUCAUGUUCAUGUUAGUCUGGUACUAUUGCACACUUACCAUUAGGGAAAGUAUUUUGAAAGUGAACGGCUCUCGGAUUAAGGGUUGGUGGAGAGCUCACCACUUCAUCUCUACCGUUCUCGCUGGCGUCCUCUUGAUUUGGCCCAACAACUCGGUGUACUACCUUUUCCGACCCCAGUUCAUGUGGUUCAACGUGUACAUCAGCUUGGUACAAUUUCUGCAGUUUCGCUAUCAAAGAGGGUGCCUUUACCGGCUUCGUGCUCUGGGCGAAAGGCAUAACAUGGACAUUACCAUUGAUGGAUUUCACUCAUGGAUGUGGAGAGGUCUUAGCUUUUUGUUACCGUUUCUGGUUGGGGGAUAUGUCUGGCAACUAUACAAUGCCUAUUUGCUCUACGAAUUGAGCUAUAAUCCUGAAGCUACUUGGCAGGUUCCAGUCUUGGGUGGACUAUUCUUGACCGUAUUUUUGGGAAAUGUGAUCACCACCUUGAUGAUCAUUCCUCAAAAAUUAAAAGAAAAGGUGAAAUUAAAGCAACGAUUUUCUCAAACAGUGUCUUAUCUUCGGCGUCAGAAUCGCGAAGACUCCCCUCCUCGGCCAUCGGAAGAAUCAAGCAAAAGCAAGAACCAGUAAUAAAUACUACUAUAAAGCAACGUAUACUUUCUCUACUGUGCAUGCAUUACCAAAUCUACCAGUGAUGAAACUCUUACAAUUCCGUAACAAUUAAUCUACCACAUUUGCAAAGGAUUCAGUGUGAUAAUCAUUAUAAAAAGUAAUAAAUUAAACUAAAUACGUACGGUA